AUAAAUAUUAAAUAUAAUAACUUAAUAGCCCAAGCCCUUAAAAUUAAAAAUCAAAAAAUAAAAGAGUAUAGUUUGAGUAAGUGAAAGCACGGCGAUAUGGAGGAGGGUGCGUCGCUGCCAUCAGGUCCCGACGGCAAGAAGCGUCGUGUCAGCUACUUCUAUGAACCUACGAUCGGCGACUAUUACUACGGCCAGGGUCACCCAAUGAAGCCACACAGAAUUCGCAUGGCCCACAAUCUCAUCGUCCAUUACGCUCUCCACCGUCGGAUGGAGGUCAACCGUCCUUUCCCUGCCGGACCCUCUGACAUCCGCAGAUUCCACAGUGACGAAUAUGUUGAAUUCUUGGCCUCCGUCUCACCCGAAUCUUCCGGUGACCCGUCGUUUUCGAGACACUUGAAACGGUUCAAUGUUGGAGAAGAUUGUCCCGUGUUUGAUGGCCUUUUUGGGUUCUGCCAGGCCUCUUCGGGCGGCUCCAUUGGAGCUGCUGUCAAGUUGAAUAGAGGUGAUGCUGAUAUUGCUUUGAAUUGGGCCGGUGGCCUUCAUCAUGCUAAGAAGAGUGAAGCCUCUGGGUUUUGUUAUGUUAAUGAUAUUGUUCUUGGCAUUCUCGAGUUGCUUAAGGUUCACAAGCGUGUGUUAUAUGUUGAUAUUGAUGUUCACCAUGGAGACGGAGUUGAGGAGGCAUUUUACACCACUGACAGAGUGAUGACAGUUUCUUUCCAUAAAUUUGGGGAUUUCUUUCCUGGGACUGGGCAUAUCAAGGAUGUUGGGGCGGGGCAAGGUAAAAAUUAUGCCCUGAAUGUCCCACUGAAUGAUGGCUUGGAUGAUGAAAGUUUCCGUGGUCUGUUUCGGCCUAUCAUCCAAAAGGUCAUGGAAGUGUAUCAACCUGAUGCAGUUGUUCUUCAGUGUGGGGCAGAUUCACUGUCUGGUGAUAGGUUGGGCUGCUUUAACUUGUCAGUAAAAGGCCAUGCUGAUUGCCUUCACUUCCUUAGAUCCUUCAAUGUUCCUCUGAUGGUCUUGGGUGGAGGAGGAUAUACUAUCCGGAAUGUUGCUCGAUGUUGGUGCUAUGAGACAGCAGUUGCAGUUGGUGUUGAACCUGAUAAUAAAUUGCCUUACAAUGAAUAUUAUGAGUAUUUUGGACCAGAUUACACUCUUCACGUUGAACCGUGCAACAUGGAGAACCUAAACACAGCCAAAGACAUGGAGAGAAUAAGGGCCACACUACUUGAGCAACUUUCUAGGUUAUCUCAUGCUCCCAGUGUACCUUUUCAGACAACACCACCCAUUACAGAAGUUCCAGAAGAGCCCGAAGAGGACAUGGAGCAAAGACCAAAACCUCGCAUUUGGAGUGGUGAGGAUUAUGCGUCGGAUCACGAGGAGGAUGAGAAGCCUCCACACAAAAUGGUAAAAGUUGAGAUGAGGGAUGGUCCGGAUGACAUGGAAGAAGAUAAAUCGGGACAUCAUCCAUCAUGUUGACAUCGGUGUAACAAUGUGGCAUCUAAUCUCCAGUAUUUCUGUAUCAUGUAGACAUGAGAUCUAUCAUCAUCUCAGAGCU